CACUUUUUCCCAAUCAUUCUAUCACUUCGCUUCGUCCCUACAUUUCAAUUUCGUCUCCGUACAACUACUUUUUUGGCCCUGAAGGUGUUCGACGAAAUGCCUCUGUAAAAUUUUGAUUGCGAUUUUUUGGUUUCAGGAAACCAAGAAACUAUGCCGUCUCUGCAAACCGCCUUGCCUCCUGAGCUCGCUAACAAUGUGAUCAGACUUUACCGUGAGUGUAUUCGGAGAGCUAAAUAUGUCGGUCAUCGGCAACACAAUACACAACUUGUUGUUGACAUGGUGCGGCAGCAGUUCAAAAAAAAUAUGCAUGAGACCGAUCCAGAUAAGAUUCAAAAGUUCAAGGAUGACGCUGCAAGGGGACUUAUAAAUCACAUACUUUUCGAGUCGGAGAAGAUGUCUGGUCGUAAAUUCAGCAAGAGCUAGAGCUGAUUUUAAUUUCUUUUCUUUUUGAGAUUUCAGUUUUGUUAUGUUGGGAUAAAGUUGUGGCAGUAAAAUAAGUGAUAACAAUGUAAGCUUAAAUGCUCUAAUCCCUGUUUAUCAUUUAUGAAUCUUUAAUUCCAUGGAA